UUUUAUUGACACUACCGCGAUAUGACCUAGGGAACCAUUCAUCAGAUCCAGCCCGGAAAAACCACCGGUCCGCACCACCAAUCCCCGAAAGGCUCAACACAGGCAACUCACGCUUGAUGCGGCAAACGAGGACCGCCGCCAAAGAUUCAUCAUUUGUGCUCAUCAGCAGAUCUGGCCACUUCCUCGCUAACCAGUGUCUUGCAUCGUCGUGCUGUUCGUCGGUAAACCUUCUUGAACCAGAUGCAGCAGGAAGCGAAGAUUACAUGGCUGGGUCCCAUAGGAGUCCGGUGCUAAAAGACCAGUGGAGAGGUUCUUCCGGCGAAGUUGGAGACCAGCGUGGCCGUGAGAAGCAUAGUAGGCCUCGAGGCUCUCACCGCGAUAGGGGGAGGGAAAGAUUUCGCGACCAAGACCGUCACCAUCAUCAUCCGCCCAACGACGACCGGCUUCAUCGCUCGUCACGGUCGCCGCCACCGCGUUCCUUCCCCGGUCCGGAUAACAAACCUCAACAUCGUGAUUUUUCCACUAACAUUGCUUCCACCCGCGCUUCACCAGCCCCAUCACGCUCGGAAAUACGGCCGAGCCAAAAUAUAAAUCGACCUGAUUCUCCUGAACGCAUCGGUUAUCGCGUUACUAAUUCACAUAUGAGAUCCGCAGAAAGAAACCAUCGCCGAGAGGAUUCUCCUUCAGCUCCUCCAUUCAAAAGGCAAAGGACACACAGUCCUCCACCUGACGGUUUCCAGGGUCGACCGCCCACACACUCACGUGGAGCACCCCCUAGACACGGUCGCGAUUUCGAUCGGGAACCUUCACACAGCAAAGGGCGAGGAGGGCGCCCGCCAGGCCGAGGCAGACCUAGUCGAAGGCCAUCGCCUCGAAGGGAGAGGGAGCGGCGGAAACACGAUAGCGGUCUUCGGGAUCCGUCAAGAAACAGACAACCCUGGUCUCAUGACUGGGAGGACAAACCGCCUAUACAUCCGAGCCGGCGCUACCGCAGUCCUCCUUUAGACGGAAUCGAACGGGAUUCCUAUCUCCGAUCGCCUUCUCGCGUAUCGGCAGGUACUCUAGAUUCAAGGACGUCGGCACUUUCCCGUCGGGGAUCAAAAGGCGACAUUGCAAUGCACCCACCUCCCUCACCCUCUAGGCUAAGUCUAGACCGCGUUCCAGAUACAGGAUACGGAGCCGGUCUUCCUGAACGAAGCCGAGCUUCAAGGUCCCCAGUCAAUUCAUAUCAUGAAUCUACCCGUCCUAGUUCGCCUUAUUCUACUGCACGCAGUGGACGAAGCGGGCAGCAUUCUUCACACCCUAGCCAGCAUAGUUUUAGGGCAAGCAAUUUCUCCGAACAUGAUUCACCCAGCCGUCUCUCUCAUGGCCAGCCCACUUCGUCGCACCACGUAGCACCGUCACAUUCCUAUCGUGAUGGGCAGCAAAGAUACCAAGAAACUCACCAAGAUCGUCGCAUAUCUGGGAUCGUCCCUACUGCUCCUCUGUCUCAUGCCAGAAAUCGUUUCAGCAGUCCUCAGCGAGAUGCAUCGGCUUCGCGAAGUAGGGCAGGGCCCCCCAGUCCUCCGCAAGGGCCCGCGGCAGACGACCCUCCCCCGCCUCCACCACCGCCUACGGAACCUCGGUCGCAUCGAGAAGGGUAUCAAAACCUCACAAAUCACAGACCAGCAAGUCGCGAGACACGAGCACCAGAUGAAGGUUCGGGGCAUGAUUCUGGAUCUGGAUUCCGAGCUGGUCAAACAGGGCAACCGGAUACGCGUCCACCAGAACCCCCUUCCGGUCCUAGCAAAGGCGGAAAGAUUAGCUUUGCGUUCAAGGCAAAGACUGGGCCGCCAUCAGCUCCAAAACCUGUUCCUGAUCUGGCUCAACGAAUGCUAGCACGAGAACCGCCCCAGCGAGUUGCUGAACCCCCCCGAAGUAAAAUGUCGUCUGGACCGCCGCCUAGAUUCAAACCAGAGCCGCGUUUUGAUCGCCGCGACAGAGAUCGGGAUCGUCAUCGUGAUAGAGAUCGUAAUAGAGGAAGGAACGAUCGAAGAGACUACAGAGAACCGCGUGGGUCUCGUGAAGCGCGAGAUUACCGUGACAGCAGAAGAGACGAUCGGAGGGUUGACCCUCGGGAUAAGCGAAGAAAUGACAAAGCAUCUGGGGUCCGACCUGAGCGUCGUCAUGAUCCCUCUCCAGAACCAGUAAAACGCUCGAAGAUUAUGCUUCGCCUCAAACCGCGUCCCACCAUAUCCGAGGAGUUUGCCAACUCAGAUUCUGUCUACUUCCGCAAGCCUGGCAAUGAGUCAGUCAUUGGGGCCGGUACGUACGGAAAAGUGUUCAAGGCAAUCCAUGUCUAUACUCAAAGAAAGGUUGCCCUGAAGAAGAUUCGGAUGGAAGGAGAGAAGGACGGAUUCCCUGUUACUGCUGUUCGAGAGAUCAAAUUACUCCAACACCUGCGGAAUCAUAAUGUUGUCAGUUUGCUGGAAGUCAUGGUCGAGAAGAAUGAGUGCUUCAUGGUUUUUGAAUAUCUCUCGCACGACCUCACGGGCCUCAUCAACCAUCCAACCUUUACUCUCACAGCUGCGCACAAGAAGGAUCUUGCGAAACAAAUGUUCGAGGGUCUGAGUUAUCUCCACCAUCGAGGAGUUCUACAUCGGGACAUUAAAGCUGCAAAUAUUCUGAUCAGUAAUCAAGGUCGACUCAAGUAUGCUGACUUUGGCUUGGCUCGAUUCUUUUCAAAGAGUCGUCAGCUUGACUAUACAAAUCGCGUCAUCACUAUUUGGUACCGGCCGCCGGAACUUCUUCUUGGUGAAACACAGUAUGGGCCAGCGGUUGAUGUUUGGAGUGCGGCCUGUGUUUAUGUCGAAAUGUUCACGAAAAAGGCAGUCUUCCCUGGAGAAGGAGGGGAGAUUAGCCAACUCGACAAGCUUUACAAUACCCUAGGAACGCCAACUCGUGCAGAGUGGCCGAAUAUUGUCGAAAUGCCCUGGUUUGAGCUCAUGCGGCCAACAGAGCGAAGGAAGAGGAUAUUCGAAGAUAUCUAUCGGGACAUCCUCUCUCCAGCCGCGUUGGAUAUGGUCUCCCAAGUGUUCCGUUAUGAUCCAGCCAAGCGUCCAUCGGCUGAAGAUGUUCUCGCCCACCCUUACUUCCAUUCUGAGGAACCGAGCCCUCAACAGCCAAUCGAACUAGAGAAUAUCCAAGGCGACUGGCAUGAGUUCGAAUCCAAGGCGCUUCGGAAGGAAAGGGAUAGGGAAGCGAGGCGCGCGGAAUACCAGAGGGAUAAGGAGAAAAGAAAAAUCCUGGCGGCACAGGAUGAACGGGAAACCAAGCGUAUCAAGCCUGAUACCAGUGAUGGGUUAACAUCAUCCGUACCGCAGCCUGGGCAGCAGUAG